AUGUCGAGAUUCGGUUCCCUUCAAGUCCUCCCCCGACAGCUGCUUCGGACCUCGGUCCACCGGCGUGCUGCCGCCCCAGUUAGCCUUCAAGGUGCCCACCGGACCGCAAUCAACAACAGCAGCAGCAGAAGUUAUGCGACUUCCAGCAACCAGCGCUCGUCCGAGUCAACUCAACAGCCCAAGUUUGAUAACCGCGUGAAGAUUGUGGAAGUUGGCCCCCGUGAUGGACUGCAGAAUGAAAAGAAGUCGAUACCGCUGGCGACCAAGAUCGAGUUGAUCGAGAGGCUAGCAAAGACGGGACUCCAGACCAUUGAGGCCGGCGCUUUUGUCUCGCCCAAGUGGGUGCCGCAGAUGGCCAACUCCUCCGAAAUCCUCGAACACCUCCUCAAGACCCCUCCCCCCUCCCCCGUACCCUUAACCUACUCCUUCCUGGCCCCCAACACCAAAGGUCUUGACUCGGCCUUCUCCCUCCUCUCGCAGUACCCCAAGGCCUUCGAGACCGAAACCGCGGGCCGCUCCAGCAAGGUCGCCCAAGAAGGCGGCAAGCCCGCGCUGGAAAUCGCCGUCUUCGCCGCCGCCACCGAGUCCUUCUCGCAAAAGAACCUCAACUGCUCCAUCGACACUUCCCUCACCCGCUUCAAGGACGUAAUCCAGCAAGCCAAAGCCGCCAACCUGCGCGUGCGCGCCUACAUCUCCGUGGUCCUGGGCUGCCCCUUCGAGGGGUAUGACGUCGACCCGCACCGCGUGGCCAGCAUCGCUACCACUUUACUAGAAAUGGGCGCCGAUGAGAUUUCGUUGGGAGACACGACAGGCAUGGGCACCGCGCCGCGCACCAAGGAACUUUUGAGCUGUCUGUCCAGCGCAGGAAUCAGGAACGAAGACCUGGCGAUGCACUUCCAUGAUACCUACGGCCAGGCGCUGGUUAACACGGCGGUGGCGCUGGAGCACGGGAUUCGCACGUUUGAUAGCAGCGUGGGAGGGCUGGGCGGGUGUCCGUAUAGCCCCGGAGCGACGGGGAACGUGGCAACCGAGAAUGUGGUGUAUUUCAUGGAGAGCUUGGGGAUGGAUACGGGCGUGGAUCUGGAUCGCGUGGCGGAUAUUGGGCACUGGAUUACCAGGGAGAUUGGGAAGGCGAAUGAUAGUGCGGUUGGAAAAGCUGUCCUGGGGGCCAGGACGAGGGAGAGGCCGGAGGAUGUGGAUGAUAAGGGGGCUCCGCUGACGUGA